AUGCAUGGCUACGUGACAAUAAAUUUAAAAGAAAACGAAAAGCUUCCACCAGAGACCACAAUAAAAAAAGCUAUAGAGCAGUGGUGCUCCACCAAAAACAAGGAGGCCAAAAUCAAUUAUGCAAUUAUGAGCACCACAACCAAAGGGCCCAACAAACACAUACACAUGUUCUUCCAACUGGAAGAUACAGCGCAUACGAGAAAAAAGCCUUUCAUCCAGCUCAAUGAUGAAAGACACUUUAUUAAAUUUACCCCCAUAACAGAAAACAAACAUUACGAUGGGAGUUUCAAAAACAUUAUAGAGUACAUAAAAAACCAAAAUAAGAAACACCCAGAAGAGGAGGCAAUAAUAAAGGAAUUUGGCAAAAUGAACAUGGAUAGGGGCCGUCUAGGAGAUAAAGACAUUGGAAAGGCUUUAAAGAUGACCGAUCUUGAAGAAGCUCACGCUUUUUUAAAAAGUAUAAGCUUGAAAGGCUAUAUGAAUAAUGUAGCCAAAUUUGAUACAAUGUGGAACCAAGAACAUGAUCGAGAUAACACACACAGAAUCCACAUUAAGCUCCAACCAUGGAAAGAGGACAAUAGUCUCGUCAAAAAUAGUCGUAUUUGGUUGGAUACAGCAUUAAAUGGAAACAAAAAACGUAUUAAAACAUUAGUAUUAGUAAGUGAUACCCGUAUGGGUAAAACUGAAUUCGUAAAUGAUUUAUUAAAAAAUCUAAAAGUAGAUGAAUUUAGAGGUAGGUUCAUGAUGGAUGGACAUAAUGAAACGAUUAAAUACGACAUUAGAUUGUUUGAUGACGCUAAUCUAAACGACAUUACAUGGCCCGAAUUUAAAUCAUUAAUAAGCACACGAGGUGAACAAAUUACCAUUAAUAUUAAAUAUUCACAUGCACGGGUUAUUUCAGUUCCAACAAUUCUUGUAUUAAAUCCAGGAAGUUGGAAAUCAUUACAAAAUACAGCUAAAGAAUUUGAAGAUUUCGACUGGCUUGAGAAGAAUACAGUUGUCUUAUUUACUAAAGAGAAAUUAUAUGUAGAGCCACCACCUAAAGCAGAACUAAUACAGGAUAAAAAGAAGUAUGAAGGAUUAGACCCAAAGCUUGUUGAGAUGUUAUUAGAAGAUGCCGCUGAACAAAUAAGCGAAGAAGAAUUUAGUGAUGAUACUGUUGAUAGUUUAGAUAGUAUAGUAGAUCAAAUGGAACAAGAAAGCUUACCACCUCCUUUACAACUAGAUAUACCAGAGGAAGUAGUACCAACUAAAAGAACAGCUGAAGAUGACCACGAAAUACAGAAGAGAUUCUUCGACUUAACGAAGAACGUAAUAACCGAAGAAGGAGAUGAUAGAUACAUAACAGUACAAAGUGGAAAGAAAAUAAGAAUAGCUGAUAAAGAUAGUACAGAAGAAGAAAGUGAAGAUGAUCCAGAUGCUCUAGUAAACAAUUGGAACACAGGUAAUUUUAAUUAA